AUGGCCACCUCCACUGAGUCCGGACAGCGCUACACUAAAAUCACCCCCGAGGUCCUGAAGGAGAUGCUGCAGCUCUACAACCUCAGCCGCCAGGAGUUCAUCGACUCGUAUAACAUCCAGCCUCUGGUGUACGUCCCCGAGUUGCCGUACAGCGUGAAAACGACUUUUGUGAUCAUGUACGCCCUGAUAUUCGUCCUGGCUCUGGUGGGUAACAGUUUGGUGGUUUACAUUGUGGUGAAAAAGCGCGCCGUGCAGACCGCCACCAACAUCUUCAUCUGCUCCUUAGCGGUGAGCGACCUGCUCAUCACUUUCUUCUGCGUCCCAUUCACUCUCUUGCAAAAUAUCUCCUCAGAGUGGCUCGGAGGGGUUCUGGUAUGCAAAACGGUUCCAUUUGUGCAGACCACAGCCAUAGUCACAGGGAUCUUGACAAUGACCUGCAUCGCCAUCGAGAGGUACCAAGGAAUUGUGUAUCCACUCAAAAUGAGGAGGCAGUACACAUCCAGGAGAGCCUACAAAAUGCUAGGGAUAGUGUGGAUUGCAUCAGUGAUGGUGGGCUCUCCAAUACUGUUUGUACAACAACUAGAAGUGAAGUAUGACUUCCUGUACGACCACUACCACGUGUGCUGCCAGGAGAGCUGGCCCUCGCUGGCCCAGCGCCAGGUGUACACCACCUUCAUCAUGGUGGCGCUCUUCCUGCUGCCGCUGCUCACCAUGAUGUUCCUGUACACGCGCAUCGCCAUCGAGCUGUGGAUCCGCAAGCGAGUGGGCGACUCGUCUGUCCUCAACACCAUGAACCAGAGGGAGAUCAGCAAGAUCUCCCGGAAGAAGAAGCGAGCGGUGAAGAUGAUGGUGAUCGUGGUGCUGCUCUUCACAGUCUGCUGGGCUCCGUUCCACACGGUCCACAUGCUCUAUGAAUACAGCGACCUGGAGGAGAAGUACGAGGAGGUGACACUCCACACCAUCAUCGCCGUGGUGCAGGCGGUGGGCUUCUUCAACAGCUUCAACAACCCCAUCGUGUACGCCUUCAUGAACGACAACUUCAAGAAGAGCUGCGUUUCCACGCUGUCCCUCUGCCUCCGCAAGCGUGGGGCCCCAGGCAGGGGCCACGCCAAUGCCGCCGCCAAUGCCGCCGUCGGCCCCGCCGCAAACCUCAUCGUCCACUUCAGGCCCCUGCGGCGGGAGGCCUUCCUGAAGACCGCCGACGGCUCCGAGAACCGCCACGGCGGCGACGAUGGCGGACGUCAGGGCCCGUCGGGCUCCUCCCACGGCUGCAGCUCGCUGGGCGUGAUCGGGGACAAGGCGUCCACCAUGCAGUCCCAGCUGCCCGGGAGCAGCAGCGGUGGCGGCGGGAUCACCAAAUGAGGGAGGGACUUCUCGUGGGGGAAGUCCGGGAUCACUCUGCCUGCCCCCCCGUCAGAGCUCCGAUGGGUCGCGGGCCGCCGACCGGUCGACGGCCGCCACGUCGUAACGUUGAACGUGGGCGGGCACAAGAAUGGAAACCCGGUUCUGAGCCGGGAUAGAGUGGGAACAAGUGCAGUGACGAGCCGUGUGGCGCCCCGGCCUGCGUCUUGUUCUUUUGUAUGUUGACCGAUCCGGUUACGAUUGUCUUUUGAAUGUCACGACUGAAGCAUUAAAAGCCAUAUUGUGUUCUCACUGUCCAUGAACAGUAUAGAUAUAUAUCGAUAUAUAUUCUCUGUGUAUGAAACACGGUUACACACUACCUGAAAACCAUACGGAAUGGAAAAAAUGACAAGCAGCCACAGGGAGGGUUCGAUCACAUAGCUAGCUAUACCUCAGAGGAUACACUUUCUGCUUUCUCUCAGUAAGGGUUACUUAAUGAAAAGUGUGUUUUUGGAAGGUAUCCAAAUCUGAUAGUGUGUGUGCAUUAGUUACCUGCCGCUUGUUGAGAAUGGAUGAACUGUAUUUUGUUCAGAUAAUAGUGAUUGCGUUAUGUACAAAACAUGACAGGAAUUAGUGUCUUGGUUGUUGCAAUUUAUUCACCAGUGCUUAGAUGUGAUACACAAAAUACACCAGCAACACUGUUUUAAAGCCCAAAACGAAAAUUCACGUACAGACAUUGUUCUUGUAAAUAGAGCAUACAUAUGCAACCACAGGGUAGCUUCAAACCUAAGACCAGAGGUCCAAUUCUGCAUCAUUCAUGGUAAUAGCUCAAUUUACACAAGCAAAAGUGUUUAGCUUCGUGAAUAUGAGAAUGUGUGCGUUGAUUUAUACAAAUGUUUAUCAUUUAUAUUAUAUUUUUAAAGGUUCGAUAUAUAUAUAUAUAUACGCACACUAUAAAAUCUAUCAAGGAUCAGAGUGGCAGAAAACGUGUAGUAUUUAAGUCUUCAAGAGAAUGUCUUCAAAUGAAUGGAGCUAACCAGGGAGAAUCUGUGCAUCAGCCACUCAACCCCUCUCUUCAUCAGGGUACACUGUAGAUGCUGCACUGGGAUGGACUUUGAGGAGAAAUUUCUGAAUUGUCUAUCUGAGGCCUCCUAUUUUAUAAAACUGUAAUUUAAUUUUGUUUUGUGGAAU